AUGUCCCGACCCGAAGCGUUGCGCUACGAGGAAUACUUCAUAUGCUGUAACCCCCCACUGACUCCCAGGGGAGUGGGUGAGGUCGUCACAAAGUCCCGAGAUCACCUUGACGGGCUCCUUGAGAUUCUGUACGAGCCCGGAGGUCCAUGGUUCAAGCUCAUUUCAGAUAAGGCGGCUCGCCUAGACAUCACAUACUUCAUCGAAGAUCUCGUCGCGGACAUUGCUCAGAAUGAGGUCAACAUCGCCACCGUCGAUCCCAAGAGCGUUCAAGGCUCCCCCCUCCAGCAGAGCCGGAAGCGCUCCGACGUUGAAAUCAUGGCCGACGCCCCGCGAAUGCUCCCAUGGAGCACCUACAAGAACUCUCCUCCAGACAUCCAGCUUUAUGAAGCGUUCACCUGGCCCGAAGAGAUCUCAACAGCGCCCUACAGGCUCAUCUGGCGGAAACUGGAGCAGUAUCCGCAGUUGAACCACCUUGAUGAACUGCUCGCAAAGGCGGCCGAGACUUGGAUGGCCCUUGAAGUUCCUCGGAACUUGGAAGAUGCCGAAGAGUCAUUGGGUUGCAAUGCCGUAUGGAAUCUGAAGAACACGGUCCUGUAUAUGUCCAGUUAUGAUAGCAUGGACGCUGUCACGAACGCUGCUGAAAAACUUGACCUUGUCCUCAAGGUCCUGUUCUCAGACGAGAGCUAUCCUUUCACACGCCACGUCAUAAUCGCGGAUGGAGCCCCCAAGUUGGGAUACAGGUGGAUCUCUCACAUGGGUCUGGCGGGCAGGAUACACCAUUCCUUGGACCGGGAAGUUCCCAUUGACAUCACCAAGACCGUCGUUCUCCGAACGGCCGAAGAGACAGAGAAAGAUCACUGGGUCAUUGACAAAACGUCCUAUCCACACCCGCGUAACCCCAACGCUGUCUCGUCCAGGCAGUCUAUCGUGGCGAGUGUUAGACACAGAGGCCAGGUUGACCCUGUCAUCAAGACCUGGGCGGAAAAUGUCAGCAGGGCCACGGCCAGGCUCCAUCAGAAGGCUCCCUCUAUCCACUCCAACAUGGAUGAAGGACAAGCAUCAGAAUACGUCACUUCCCAUGCCUCUGAGAAGUCCAACAUGGAGCUCCAGGUCCCCAACACCUUGAUCGAGGCCGACGUGUUCGCUGGAAUUGAACAGGACGUCUGUCGAGGAGUGUCUUCCCCUGAUCUUCUCGACACACUGUCACCGAGAGACGGAGGAGCCCUGUCCAGAUACGUGGUCAUGGAUCCCGGCCAAGGCGUUUCCAGUGAAGCCUCGGAAGUCGGUCCAUCAAGUGAAGAGUCUGAUCUUAUUGAUUUCAGCAACGAAUCGGAUACGGUUGAAUUCGAGACUAGGUCCGCGUCACCUAGAGGCAAGCACGUCACCAAAGCGCCCAUAGAGACCGUUGACGAUGCGACUGAGCAUCCCGCCAUCUUUGGAAUCGAGGAAUUGCCUCCGAAAGAUGUUCGCCGAACCAUGGGUCAAAGGGCAGGCUCCAAAACCAUCAAUCCCACCAAGAAGACCAAGAAGAAUGCUCCCUCUGAGUCUACGCAGAACAGGGCCCAUAACGCCGGCGAUCGAAAUUCGGGCAAGGUUAUGAACUGGAGUGGACUGUUCAAGGGCGGUGGAACGUCAAGCCCUGGAACGAGGCCUUGCAGAGACACCCUGCAGUCUGAUCCCAAGGGUCCCGGGGCGUCACCUGGUCCUCCAGCCGACCCAUCGUCCCCCCCCCAGGCAAUUUCGGGCAGCCUAGCAGCCAUGCUGGAAACUUUGCGAGUCGUCCCAGGUAAAGUAAGCCUGGAGUUGAAGCUUGGCCUGAUCUACGUCCAGAACCUUUCGGAAUGUAACGUCACCACGAAUGGCACGAGCCCGCUCUGGGGCCUUCAGACGAUUGAGGAAGCUCUCAAUGUGGCCAUCGGCAAAGAUGGCAUCGGCUUUGAGGAUAUCCUCUCUUCACGCGGGGAGGACGCAAACGCGCUGGCUAGGAUGCCUUCACACGGUGACUUUGGCUGGGAGACGCCCGAGGUCACUGCGCAUUACGAGAUCACGUUUCGCCGUCCUACACGGUUUAGGGUGGUGGUCAACGCGACAUCAUUUGAGCACGAGUGCCUCGGCUUGGGCGAAGAGGUGUCGAGCAUCUAUGUCCACUGUCCCCGCCAUGUGAUGGACAUGGUAUUCUGUGCUUCACGGGCUUCCCUGAGCAGUCUUCCGGCCGAGUGCCGCAAGAUCUCCAAGGACCUGGUUUCGUCUCUCUCGAUCUCAACAGACGACGCAGGUGACAUAACGGUCGAAGCAACCCUCUCGAGGGCGUUGGCAACGGCGAUUGAGAGCGCUGAAAUCGUUCAUCUUGCGCGGUACCGGAGUAAGCGGCACAAGGACUGCUUUCUCAAUAUCAAGAUGACGCACCCGCUGGCUCAGGCCCUAAAUAUCCGCGGGGAGGCCGCUACAUUUCGCUGGAAGACCUAUGCCGUCGGGUCCUUCGACAAGGUCAAGGGCAGCCAGACGAGACCUCAAGAGUAUUUCCGAGCGUCCCUGUCUUCGUGCCAUGCGGAGAAGGCAUUCCAGAAUAACGCCAAACUUGAGUUUGGAAGAAAGGUGGACUGGAAAACGAACGAUGUCCAGCGCGAGAGCUCCUUCCAGGAGCUGUACAUGAUCGGUAUCAAAAUGGUAUCCGAGAUGGACAAUAUCGGCAUGACAAAUGAGACUGGGAUAGCUCCCAAGGCGCGGACACAAGGUCAUGGCCAGAGUUGUGCGCCGAAUUAUUGGCCAGGGUCAGCGGUCUUUUGA